AUGCCAGUCACUGAACCAGCACUUGAUGUUGAGACUGGUGUUGAGGUAGUUCCAGCACUCACUGUGGCAAUGAUGGUCGAAGCUGUUGAAGUGGCUGUGGCCGUGGCAGUUGUGGCGGACGAGUCAGUAGCACUUGUGGCCGUGGCGCUGGUCGCGGAGGCAACAGUACCUGAUACUGAGCCAGCGGUGGCGGUAGCCGUGGAUGGGGAGGUUGUUGAGGCAGUGGCAACUGUGCCAGAAACCGAACCUGCAGUGGCAGUGGCACUGGUACCAGAGGCGGUAGCAACAGUUCCAGAUACUGAUCCAGCUGUGGCGGUAGCAGUUGAUGGUGCUGUUGUGGAGGCUGUAGCAACUGUUCCAGAGACAGUACCAGCUGUAACACUUGUGGAUGAGGCAACUGAUCCUGAGACUGAGCUGGCGAUCGAACCGAUUGAUGAGGCGACGGAACUGGCCACUGAACUGGCAACUGAGCUUACUGAGGAGGCAACAGUUCCUGAUACUGAUCCAGCUGUUGCAGUGGCACUUGUUCCCGAGGCUGUUGCAACAGUACCUGAUACUGAUCCAGCUGUGGCUGUGGCCGUGGAUGGGGCAGUAGUUGAGGCAGUGGCAACUGUGCCAGAGACUGAUCCAGCUGUGGCGGUAGCGGUGGAUGGGGCGGUUGUGCUGCUAGCGGUGGCAACUGUUCCCGAUACAGUACCGGCUGUAGCACUUGUGGACGAUGCUACUGAACCUGAAACUGAGCUGGCGAUCGAACCGAUUGAUGAAGCAACUGAACUGGCAACUGAGUUGGUAACUGAACUGGCAACUGUUCCAACUGUGCUGGCGACAGUGCUGGCAACUGAACUGGCGACUGAGCUACCAACAGAACCGGCAAUAGUGGUCGGCUCUGAGGUUGUCACACCACUUGAUGAGAUUGAAUGA